UGCUGCACAAAGGGGAAAUGAAGUGGGCUAGAAGAGAUGUAGCCCAUUUCUGUGCUCCUAAUGAUCAUCAGUGAUAUUGGUAUCAACUUGACAGAUCCUAUGUUCAGAGGAAUUUAUAGGGGGGUUCAAAAGCAUCAAGAUGACUUACAGGAUGUAAUAGAGAGAGCUGUCCAGAUUGGUGUUAAAAAGUUUAUGAUUACAGGUGGAAAUCUACAAGACAGUAAAGAUGCACUGCAUUUGGCACAAACAAAUGAUAUGUUUUUCAGUACAGUUGGAUGUCAUCCUACAAGAUGUGAUGAAUUUGAAAAGAAUAACCCUGAUCUUUACCUAAGGGAGUUGCUAAAUCUUGCCGAAAACAACAAAGGGAAAGUUGUAGCAAUAGGGGAAUGUGGACUCGAUUUUGACCGACUGCAGUUUUGUCCUAAAGAUACUCAGCUCAAAUAUUUUGAAAAACAGUUUGAACUGUCGGAACAAACAAAAUUACCAAUGUUUCUUCACUGUCGGAACUCACAUGCUGAAUUUUUGGACAUAAUGAAAAGAAAUAGAGAUCGGUGUGUAGGUGGAGUGGUGCAUUCGUUUGAUGGUACCAAGGAAGCAGCAGCUGCUUUGAUUGACUUGGAUCUCUAUAUAGGAUUGAAUGGUUGCUCACUGAAAACUGAGGCUAAUUUGGAAGUUUUGAAGUCAAUACCUAGUGAAAAAUUAAUGAUUGAGACUGAUGCACCUUGGUGUGGAGUCAAAAGUACACAUGCUGGUUCAAAAUACAUAAAAACUUCAUUUCCUACCAAAAAGAAGUGGGAAAAUGGGCACUGUUUGAAAGACAGAAAUGAACCCUGCCAUAUAAUUCAAAUACUGGAGAUAAUGUCAGCAGUAAGAGAUGAGGAUCCACUGGAAUUAGCCAAUACGCUAUAUAACAACACCAUUAAAAUAUUUUUUCCUGACAUGUAAUUGGUAUGUCUUCCAUUUUCCAUCAUGUAUGUAAAAUUUCAUGGUAAAACUUACUGAAAGUCUCAAUAAAGGAAUUCUUUGGAA